AUGGCCCCGACCGAGUUCUCGCUCCGCCUGCAACACGGGAUCACCGGAGGCAUCGCCCCUCCCACCCCGAGCGCGAUCUACACGAUCACCAGAACACCCUCGCAGCCCAGCUGGAACAUCACCGCCGCCGUGCGGGCGACGACGCUCGUCGGCGAGCUGUACGAUAUCCUCAAAUCGAUCCCGACGGAGCAGCCGCCGGGGAGCGAGGUCAUUUACGGGCUGGACACGAGCAUCGCUUUCGGGAGCGACGACCUUAUGUGGAUGAACGGCGGGCCCGCUGGAUGUGGGACUGGGACAAGCACGGUGCAGCGGAGGACAAGGCAAACAAAGUUUAAGAGAGCAGUGAAGAUCAUGCAGGAGCUGAUCACGAAGGCGUCGUGA